AUGGCGCAAUUGGGUGCCUCGUCAUUGGAGGUGCUGCGGAAGCUCAGCAUCUCCCGAAACCAGACCGAGGAGGCUUGGGCCAUUUUUCAACAAGAGGGGCUAGAGAACCUGGUAGAUCUUCGGCACGCCUGGGCCAACGCCAGAGAUCGACGUUGGGAGCGCUUGGCCCUUCCGAAGCUUGUGACAGAUGAGUUGAUGUCCUUUUUCGAGGCAGAGAUGGGAAUCAGCUAUGGCAAGAUGCUUGUGCCGCCCAAGGAACUGUGCGUGCCCGCAGGUCCCGGCUUCACCAUGACCACUUUGGGGGGGCAGGGCUUAGCAGUCCCUCCAUCGGCCGUACGGAUCAAGCAGGUUCUGCCUGACUCCUGGGCGGAUGUGCAGGCGGUGCAUGCAGGUGACGAGCUGGUCAAGGUGAAUGGCCAGUUGACCAGUUCCUUGACGCAGCAGCAGAUCGGCCUGGCACUGCGGCAGACGCGUCCCCUGCGUUUGACGCUGGCGCGGCCCGUGACCGGCUCCCGCCCCAGCGCGGCACGGGGCUCCCAGGCGCCCAAGGCCCGGGAAGCGGGGAAGGUGCUGACGUUUGAGGCGAAGGAGGCGGAUGAACGACUGGGCUUCAAAGCAGGUGGGAAACCUCCGGGUGAAGUCUAUGUGGAAAAGCUGUUUCCCAAGCUAUGGGCCGAGAAGCAAGGCUUGCGCUUGAAAGAUGUCCUGGAGGAGCUCAAUGGACAGAGAUUGUCCGAGAUGCAGCCGGAGCAACUGGAUCAACUCAUCAAGACGCGUCCGCUGACGCUGGUCUUCCGCCGCCGCGACGGCGGUCCGGGCGACGUCGCGCCCGGCGGUCCGGCCGGCGGCCUGGCGGCGGCCGGGGCGCGCUUGGCGAUGGCUCAGAAGGCAGUGAAGCCCAAGGCGAAGGCCGAGCCGCUGGCUCCCUCGGGGCCCUUGAAGGAGAGCGUGGAUUUGGAGUUGCCGGUGGGUGAGAAGCAACUGGGCUUUGUCCCUUGGGGCUUGCCGCCUGCGCGCGUCAUGGUGCGUCAGGUUACCGGCGCGCGUGCACAGAAGGCCUUGCUUCAAGUGGGCCAUGAAUUGGCGGAGGUCAAUGGAGUGCACGUGCGAGACAUCCCCAGGGUGGAACUGGAGAGGACGCUGCUGACGCGACCUCUGAAGCUCCACUUUGUGGCCAGCGAAGCCUCGGCUGGAGCCUUUGCCGUGCCGUCCGCGAGAGACGCUGAAAUUGAGGAUGAAGAGGUGCAGGCGGGGAUUCUUGACCUGGUGGCCACUCCGGAGCAUGAUCAUCUGGGCUUUGAGACGACGAGUUCCCUGAACUUCAACGCUGUGGAAGUAGCCAAAGUUGAGCCUGGAAGCUGGGCGCAGAGGAUGCGCAUCAGGAUGGGCGAUCAUCUCUUGUCGAUCGAUGGUACUGCGGUGGGCUCCUUUGCCAGCAGCUCCCUGCAGGAGGCGAUCCGGAGCAGGGCACGAGCAAUGCGUUUGCGCUUUCGACGACAAGGCCAAAACAUUUUGGAUGAGGACCAAAGACGAUUAGAUGUGCUUGCAACGGAGGCAGAUGCGGAGCUGGGCUUUUUGAUGAGCGGCCAACCGCCCAGUGAGGUCUUGGUCUUCAAGGUCAUUCCUGGCAGUUGGGCUGCGCAACGUGGCCUUCAGGAGAAAGAUGAGCUGGUGGCUGUGGCAGGCCAACCGGUGAGUGCUCUCAGUGGCGCCGCACUCAUGCGCUACGUGCAAUCCGUGCGCCCCUUGCGUCUACGGUUCCACUUGGCGCCGGGGGGUCCGCAGCCAGCCCGUGCCAAGCCGAAAGCUGCGCCCAAAGUUGUCUCGGCUGCGAAAGAAGUGCCGGAGACCAAAGAAGCAGAGGCCAGCCCUGUACCCAAAGCCAAGGGUCGCAUGGGAAGGGCCAAGUUGGCACAGAUGUUGGUGGGCGACAUGAUGAAGGGCAUGAGCCAGGAAGAGGAGGUACCCUCCAGCCCGCCUGCUGCAGCCUCAUCGCCACCAGCUGCCGCGCCACCGGCCGCGCCACCGGCCGCGCCUGCAGCGCCGCCGGCGCCAAAGCCGGCCACACCCGCACCGGUGGCGCCGAAACCGGUGGCGCCGGCGGCAAAGCCAAAGGCGGCUCCAGCGUCUCGCCCUCCAGCGCGCGGCGUGCCGCCCGCCACAACGGGGCGGCCCUCGGAGCGUGCGCCAGCGGCGCAGGACGACUCUUCGAGUGAUGACGACGCCAUGAUUGAGAAGUCUGCGGGAACGCAGGAUAAGGACCUGGGAUUCGAGAUCGCCCCCCGCGGCAGCGGCGCAGCCAUGUGUUUCGUGGUGAGUGCCGUACAGCCUGGCGGCUGGGCACAGCGUCAACGCAUCGGUGUGGGAAACGAGCUUCUGUCCAUCGGUGGGCAGGUGGCGAAGAAAAUGAAGCUGGAGGACAUCCAGAAGAUGCUUGCGCCCGACGGAGUCAGACCCUUGCGAUUUUGGUUGCAAGCCGACAUGGGAAGCCGGGAUAACCUUCAAAUCCGAUAUUCGGUGAGAUUCUACGUGGUUCCCAAUGCGAAGGUUCCUGCGACUGGUCCAACAGAUAUCUUCGGGACCCUGUGCAAUCGCAUUUCAGUGACCGCAGGGCAACUUGAGGUGUGUGAUACCGCACUGGACUUUGGCAACCAGCUGGAGCCAUCGCGGUGCUUGAUUGAAGGUCGUGUGAUCAUGACCUCGGGCAUUCCGUACCUGCCCCCGGGCUGGGGGUUGGUGCUUGAGGUGUUUCUGAUGCUGAUCUUGCUCAGAAAGUUCGUUCUCGAAUGGCAAGUGCAGGUCAGAUACUUUGACCACCUUGUACCGCGACAGGAAUAUUUCAACAAGAACCACAUUCGGUUUGGCCUGGCAAUGCUUGUCUUGGAGGCCUUCGAUGUGGUGAUCUUCGCACUGCUGAGACCUAGGUUUCGCUUCGCCUUCAUAGCAAGAUCUGGAUAUUUGUGCUUGCUUCCAGCCGUCACCACACUGGCGCGCUGCGUGUUGGCCUGCCUGUGGGAGAUGAUCUCUGUGGCUGUCUUUCUGGUAGGCACCGUGGUCUUCUUCGCCUGGAUCGCAGUGACCAUCUUUAAGGACCUGGACCAUGGCACCAAGGGCUUCGAAUCCUUCAAAGAGUCCUUGAACUCGAUGUUCAUCGCUGGUGUCUCCGAUGAGUUUGUGGCGGUCUUUCUCAAGUCUUACACGGCAUAUCGCUUUGUUGGAAUCCUCUGGCUGAUCUUCUUAGUCAUCGCACAUGUGAUGCUGCUCAGUUUGGUGUUAGACACACUCUGUGCAGCCUACAUGACCUACUCAGAACAUAGAGCUGAGGCAACGGCUGAGCAGCGUAUCUUAGGCAUGUGGAAGGCCUUCAAGACGCUGAGCAACGCCACGGGUGGUCACGAGAAGGAGGUCACACAGUCCAACUUCAUGCUCUUCCUGCAGGAGAUCAGUACAUCGCCAAGAUCCGCUGGCAUUUCGACCGACGAGGCAGAGAUCAUGUGGCAGGCCAUUGACAAGGACCAGUCUGGCAGCAUUGACCCUGAAGAGUUUUUGGGGGUGGUUGGGCUGAUUCAGUACGACUUUUGGACAACCAGGAAAGAUUCCUACAUCAGGGAUUGGUUCCCAGAAUUGUGGGACACUCCCUGGUACAGGAAGUAUCGCACGUUCGUGGACAGCGGAGACGACUUGGAUUUGUCGGUUCUCACGCUGGACAGGUUAGUGAACCUCAUUCUGCUGGUCAACUUGGUGUUGGUGGUGGUUGAGAGCUACUAUGACCUCAGCAAGUGGCCUGAACCAGAAUGGAUGGAUUCGAUGGAGUUGAUCUUCUCCUUCAUCUACUUGGGGGAGUUCUUCAUCAAGAUCUCGGUGUUUUCCUUUGCAGAAUACUGGUCCAGCAUUUCGAACCAGUUCGAUUUCUUCACCACUUGGCUCCUCUUAAGCACCUCCAUCGCUGAGAGGUUGUUUUCCAGCGGCAUCUCCACAUAUGCCAACAUGCUGCGACUGCUCAGGUUGGUGCGCGUUGUGAAGAAUUUGAAGAACUUGGAAUCCGUUCAAUUCAUGAUGGACACGGUGUCGAAGCUGGUGGCUGCCUCGCAGGAUAUGAUGCUUUUGCUGGGCGUGGUGGUUUUCUUCUUCUGUGCCUUCUCAGUUCAGGCCUUUGGUGGUGACCUCUACGAAAACAACGAGCGCCUGGAGGGUACGGAAUACUUGGAGAAGCACAUGUUUGUGCUGAACUUCAACGACAUCCCGUGCGCCUUUGGGGUUUGGUUCGUGAUGUUGCUCUGCGAGUACGAGCCCAACUUUCCCGAGGUAGUGGCGCGAACCUCCUCGAUACCAUUUGGCUGGAUGAUCUUCCCAGUUUUCUACGUCCUCGGUGUGAGCAUUGUCUUUGAGUUGGUCAAGGCGUUCACCAUUGAAGUCUUCAUGAGCCUCAAGCAACGUUGGGAGCAACUGAAGCGGGAAGCGAAGUCCCACGGCGAUGCAGCCGAGGAUCUAGGGCUGGACAUGCAAACCUUUACCCAGGCCUUUCAAGAGAAGGGUGAAGUGCUUCACUGCCGAGUCUCAGGGCAUCCGUCGCAAGCCGCGAUGAUGCGCGAGGCGAAACACCGCCUCUUAUCAGGUGGUCACAAUAAGAACCCUCAUGGGCAUGGUCAGAAGACACAGAGCUUGGCGAGUGGCAAUGGGGAUAGGACAUGGGAAGUGACUUCGUUGCUACAUGGCCUUUGUCCGAGUCAAAUCUUCCAUGGAUCUAUGACGUAGCUAUACAAAAGAUAGAACAAAGGCACAUGAAAUCAUGUGUGCCGUGGUCAAAACUGGGAUAGUUUCCACACAGUUGCUG